AUGAAGCUCUUCAGCUUCCUCGCCACCACCGCCCUAAUCCAAGGCGCCCUUUCCUACGGAGUCACAGUCUGGGAUGGACCUGGCUGCACGGGCCAGCAAACCAUCCUCCCACUCAAAGCCGACAGCACCUUCAAGGAACUCGAGUUCCCCUUCAAAUCGUACAUGGAACACGGAUGGGGUCAGCACGAGCAACGGAUUCAGUUCUGGACGUACUUUGACAGGGAGAAGGCCCAAUGCUCCGGUGAGGGGAUCUACAGCACGUGGGCGUACAACGGCGAGUACUUUCGGUCGAAGGCGUGCUAUACUAUUGGGGACCACCCUAAUCUUCAGGGGAAGUCGGAUGUGUUGAAGACGGCGGGGUGUGUCAAGUCUGUUAGGAAUGGAUAUGUUGGGAAUGAUAGACUGUAA